AUGGCUUCUCCGGCGGCGGCGGGGCCCGGCGCCGCGCUGCCCCCGGCCGCGGCGCGCCGAGAUUUCUACUGGUUGCGCUCCUUCAUCGCCGGAGGUGUUGCAGGAUGUUGUGCCAAAACAACUACUGCACCACUGGAUCGAGUAAAGAUUUUGCUGCAAGCUCAUAACCACCAUUACAAACAUCUAGGAGUCUUUUCUACAUUGCGUGCUGUCCCCAGAAAGGAAGGUUACCUUGGGCUAUAUAAAGGAAAUGGGGCAAUGAUGAUUAGAAUCUUUCCAUAUGGUGCAAUUCAGUUUAUGGCAUUUGACCAGUAUAAAAAGGUAAUAAAGAAGCAACUUGGGAUUUCAGGGCACGUGCAUCGAUUAAUGGCUGGAUCUAUGGCAGGUAUUACAGCAGUGAUUUGUACUUACCCUCUUGAUAUGGUUAGAGUUCGUCUGGCGUUCCAAGUAAAAGGGGAACACAAGUACAUGGGAAUUAUCCAUGCAUUCAAGAUGAUUUACACAAAGGAAGGUGGUUUUAGUGGGUUCUACAGAGGGUUGAUGCCAACUGUUGUAGGAAUGGCACCAUAUGCAGGUUUUUCAUUUUUUACGUUUGGUACCUUAAAGAGCAUUGGACUUGCUCAGGCACCUAACUUACUUGGACGGCCUUCAUUAGAUAAUCCUGAUGUCUUAGUUUUGAAAACACAUGUAAAUCUGCUGUGUGGUGGCAUAGCUGGAGCAAUAGCUCAGACGAUAUCAUAUCCCCUUGAUGUAACUCGUAGGCGAAUGCAGUUAGGAGCAGUUCUCCCGGACUCUGAAAAGUGCCUUACAAUGGUGCAGACUCUGAAGUAUGUGUAUCAGCAACAUGGAAUACGAAGAGGAUUAUACCGUGGCUUAUCUCUGAAUUAUAUUCGCUGUAUACCUUCCCAGGCUGUGGCUUUUACCACAUAUGAACUUAUGAAACAAUUCUUGCACCUCAACUAA